AUGAAAACUGUGCUGAUUACCGGGUGUAGUGAUGGCGGAAUUGGCUCCGCCCUAUCCCUCGAGUUCCAAAAGAACGGCUUCAUGGUCUUCGCUACAGCAAGAACAGUCUCGAAGAUGACAGAGCUUCAGGGUGUUCCGAACAUUCACUUGCUGCGGAUAGAUGUCACGUCAUCGAGUGAUAUAGAAUCUGCUCUCGAGGCGGUACGAAAGGCAACAGGUGGGAAACUGGACGUUCUAGUCAACAACUCCGGUCAACAGGUUGUUAUUCCAAUGCUUGAAAUGGAUUCAGAGGACGGACGGAAACUAUUUGAUGUCAACUUCUGGGGUGUAUUUGACAUGAUCCAAGCCUUCACGCCUUGUUUGAUGGCGGCCAAAGGAACGAUUGUCAAUGUGUCGUCAAUCUGCAGCUAUCUACAUACUCCUUUCAUGAGUGUCUACAAUGCAUCGAAGGGCGCACUCACAAUGUUUGGUGAAACCCUACGACUGGAAAUGCUGCCUUUGAAAAUCAAGGUCAUCACGAUCAUCACCGGAGCUAUCGAAACAAACAUAAUGAAGAACAGCCCAGCCCCCGCUCUGCAGGAGUCAUUUCCAUAUUUCAAGGCCCAGGAGCAGAUCGCAAAGCUGGCUUCUGGAAACGAUGGUGUCCAGCGAAUGAAGAGGGAAGAGUUUGCGAAGAAAGUCGUCGGAGACGUGCUUCAAGGUGCUAGCGGGAAGGUAUGGAGAGGUGCUUCGGCCUCGGCUACUCGCCUGGCAUCGCUCAUUGCACCUUCUUGGAUCUUGGAUAGUAUUUUGUCUAAGACAAGUGGCUUGUCAACUCUUAUUCAGACCUGA